AUGGAAGAGCUGAGACGAAUGGAGUCUCGAAGGGCUGCAGCCAUCCCUGCUGACGAUCUCUCGGGUGCGCCGCUGUCAGUGAGGCUUCUUCUAGCCAGCUCCGUCGUGCUUAUGAUCUUGGGACUCUUUUUUAUGGCUUGCUACGCCGUCUUGCCCAGCGGGGCAAUGGUGCAGGAGCUGAUGUUUGCGCUAGUCUGCAUGACGUUCCUGACCGGAAGCCUCUCGUGGAUGGCUUUGGUCCGGUGCCACUUACACCAGCAGGCGACGCGCCAGGAGGAGAAGGAGAUAUCCCGGAACUCCCAUGAACAUGUGUGGGCGUCGAUGCCGUUUCAGUCACUGGCUACGGGGCGUCCCGAGUUCCGACUGAUGCAGGUUGGGGUUGCUGCCGGCACCGCCAGACCUACAAAGAAAGUGCUUCAGAAAGCAGAUGUACUGCCGACACAGACGUGGGUACAGCAGACGUGCCUUUGUUGUCUGGAGGAUUUCAAGGGCCCGGACGUCAUCUCUUUGUUGCCCUGUGGGCACAUUUACCACGAGGCAUGCCUUAUGGAGUGGUUCACAGCGCGGAGGUCCUCGGGCUCUUGCCCGGUCUGCCGCCAGCAUCCCGAAAUUGUUUAA